GAUGGCGUCUACACAACCGGGAGAUGCUAACACAAAUAUCCCAGAUUAUGAAUAUACUGAUGCAAACACUAAACCAUUUCAUAUCGGCUCGUUCAGAAACGAGUGGCUGGACAGACUGAAGCCGUGUGACUUCUCCUUCCAGCAGGAGGAAGAGGAGACGUUUCUUGCUAACUUUGCUGAAGAGAUGGGACUCAAUGCAGAGACGAUGACUGAGCUGAGGUCGCUCUGCAGUCUAGAUUCACUGUGUUGUCAUCCUGAGGGUGAGACGGUUGAUAUGGAUGUCGUACCUCCAGACCCGACACUGAAAACACUGAUACAAAGGAAAAAGAAACAAGAUUACAAAGCUUCACUAAAAAUCAGCAAGAACAGACAUGACCUCUACGCGGAUGAACUGGAGCGAUUAACUGCUGGUAGGAAAUCGGAAGCCCUGGGUGAUAUGAUCCCUGAAGGAGAAGUCAUUCUAACCAUUAACGUCUACUACCCAGCUAUUAUGAAGAGAUUUAACUACGUCAGACCCCACAUGACUCUGAUGAUGAUGGGCUCCCACAACUUGGCAGACCUGCGAGACGCCAUUUGCUGUGUCAGCGACUUGCAAGUUUGCGGAGAGUUCAGCAACACGCCGGACAUGGCUCCAGACUUCAUUAGCAAAGAUCAUUUCAAGUCAGCUUUCUUUUUCUUCGAAGGAGUUUUCUACAAUGACAUGCGCUUCCCUGAGUGUCAGGACAUCAGCAUGACUACGAUUGAAUGGGCAAAGGACCGUAACUUUCCAUCCUACACACAAGCCAAGAUGGAGGAAACCCAGUUGGUGGAUCUGAAAGUAAAAGUGGGCUUUCCGUAUCUCUACUGUCAUCAGGGAGACUGCGAACAUCUUGUCAUCAUCACAGACGUCAGACUUGCCCAUAAGAGUGAUUGCCUGGAUAAGAAGCUGUAUCCCCUCCUCACCCACAAGCACAGAAUCAUCACCCAGAAGUGCGCCGUGUGCCACGUCUUCAUUGGGAGAUGGAUCACUGUCAACGACCAGUUCGCUCCAAGUGUCCCAUGCCUCUUUUGUGACAAGUGUUUCCGGAUGUUGCACUAUGACGCUGAAGGCAACAAGCUGGGAGACUUCCUUGCCUAUCCCUAUGUGGACCAAGGUGCCUUCAACUAAA